CGUCACGUGAGCGGCGCGCGGAUUUGAAAUCCAGAGGAAGGCGGCGGCGCCGUUAACGGUCAUUGAUAAAGACAUUGAACAGAGCUGGACCCAGUACUGAGCCCUGAGGAACUCCACUUGUGACUGGCCUCCAGCUGGAGUUAACUCCAUUGACCACCACUCUCUGGGCCCGGCCAUCCAACCAGUUUUCAACCCAGGAGAGUGUGCGCCUGUCCAGGCCAGAGGCUGACAGUUUCUGAAGCAGAAUGCUGUGAGAAACUGUGUCAAAGGCUUUACUGAAGUCCAAGAAGACUACAUCCACAGCCUUAGAAGACUACAUCCACAGCCUUGUGUACUCGCCUCUGUGUGUACUCGCCUCUGUGUGGGUGGCGGAAGUCACCGUGGUGUUUAAAAAGGUAAUACUUCUAGAUCCUGGAUUUUCCAAUACUGACAGACUGUGAUUUAGAGUUUAGUCACAAUGAGGCGAAGCUCAAUUAUUCCCGGGAGCAGUGGUCGGCAAUCUUUGAUGGCACUGAGGGUACAGGACAACAACAAGAUGGGUCUUCAAACACCUCAAAUGAAGGACAGAGGUACAUUUGGGAAGUUGAGUAUGAGCAAACCUACAUCUGGAACUUCGGAAAGAAAAGUCAGCUUUUUUGGGAAGAGAACUAGUGGGGCUGGAAGUUCACGCAACAGUCAGUAUGGUGUGUUUGGUACAGAAAAGAUCAAGGAUCCCAGGCCACUUCAUGACAAGGCAUUCAUCCAACAAUGUAUCAAGCAGCUUUGUGAGUUUCUUGUUGAGAAUGGUUACGCCCAUAAUGUUUCUGUGAAAUCACUGCAGUCUCCAUCGGUUAAAGACUUUUUAAAAAUCUUCACUUUUAUCUAUGGAUUUCUCUGCCCUUCUUAUGAAUUGCCCGACUCAAAAUUUGAAGAGGAAAUUCCCAGAGUUUUUAAAGAGCUUGGGUACCCCUUUCCUUUGUCGAAAAGCUCCAUGUACACAGUGGGAGCACCACAUACGUGGCCUCAGAUUGUGACAGCUUUGGUUUGGUUGAUUGAUUGUGUCAAGUUAUAUGCUGCCACGAGGGAAAAUGCACCAUCAUUUGAUGAUGGACAGAACUGGGGAGGAGAGACAGAUGAUGGAAUCGUACAUAAUAAGCUUUUCACAGACUACGCUGUGAAGUGCUAUGAUCACUUCAUGAAAGGGAGAGAUACUUUUGAAGAAUUGGAUGCAGAAGUACAGUCAAAAUUAAAGGAUUUAUUUAAUAUAGAUGAAUUCCAGAUAGAAGGUUUAGUAGCUGACAACAAAAGACUUCAUGAAGAGAUUGCAAGACUAGAAAAAGAAAAGGAAAAUGAGCCGGAUCGUAGAGUAACACUACGGAACCUGAAAUCAUCUCUUCAAGCAGAUGUCCAGAAAUACCAAGCUUAUUUGACUAAUCUGGAAUCUCAUAUAACCAUACUUGAUCAAAAAAUGGAAGGUGUAAUUGAGGAAGUUCAGACAGCAGAAAUGGAAGUGGAAGCAAUGAAGCAGGAGAAUGCCCGGCUCCAGCACAUCUUUGAUAACCAGAAGUACUCAGUUGCGGACAUUGAGAGAAUAAAUCAUGAGAGAAAUGAGUUGCAGCAAACCAUUAACAAGCUGACUAAAGAAGUGGAAGCAGAAGAACAUCAGCUGUGGAAUGAAGAGCUAAAAUAUGCUAGGAAUAAAGAGGCGAUUGAAAUGCAACUGGCAGAAUAUCAUAAACUGGCUCGAAAGCUGAAAUUAAUUCCAGUAAGUGCUGAGAAUUCCAAAGGCCAUGACUUCGAGAUUCAGUUUAGUCCUGAGGCAGGACCAAAUUGUCUAGUCAAAUACAGAACUCAAAUCAAGGCUCCCCUUAUGGAGAUCAUAAACCAGACUGAGGAAGAAAUUAGAAAUGCUACUCAACGGAAAAUGACUUUGGAAGAAACUUUGGAACAGGUAAACGUAAUGGUAGUGGACAAGAAAAGCAGUGUGAAAAUGCUGAAAGAAGAAGCUGAAAAGCUUGAUGAUCUUUACCAUCAAAAGCUUAAGGCGGCAGAAGAGGAAGAGGAAAAAUGUGCAAGUGAACUGGAUUUGUUAGAGAAGCAUAAGCAAUUACUUGAGGGUGGUGUCAAUGAAGGUCUCAGUGAAGCCACAAAUGAAUUGCAUGAUCUUCAACGACAAUAUCAAGUUGUUAUGCAAGCAACAACAGAAGAGAGCAGGAGAGCUGGUGAUAAUUUGAAUCGUCUUUUAGAAGUUAUUGCUACUCAUGUAGUAUCUAUAGAGAAAUAUCUUGAUGAACACAAUAUGAAAAUUGACAGACACUAUGAAGAAUUCAUGUCUGAAGACCUGUUAUCAACCUUGUCUGGAAUUCUAGACAGUUAUAAAAAGAAGGCUGAAAAUCUGUAAUUAUCAAAGCGGUGAAGAUGAAAAUUCUGCAUUUCUGAAGCUCUGGUAUGAUGCCCUCUAAUAGGAUGGGUGCUUCCUGUGUCUAGCAGUGAAACUGGUUUUAAGUUUAAGGAAAUGCUUGUGAAAUUGCUUUGUUUUAUUGGCACAUUAAAGAAUUAAACGAUAUAUUUGCAUUUUUUUUAAAAAGACUUUGCUUUUACACUUCCUCUUUAUAAUAUACAUAAUUUACAAUUCAUGAUUCCAAACAUCUGUGACAAGAAAAAUGUUGAACAACUUAAUUUACUACUUUUCUUUGUCAGCAAAUCAUUUGUGCUCUUCUAGGAACGUUAGUAAGACAAGUGUACAGUUACCCUGUUAGAAUAACAAGCCAGAGUGGACUUAAAGGUGGAUCUGCAAGUGACAGCACAAAUGCAGAGAGUAUUAACAACCUGAAAUACUGCUAUGUUAAAAUAACUAGUUUGGUUUGUGAACUUGCAAGACUGCUGAGAAAAGUGUUACACUUUCCUUUCUGGAGUAUAGUUUGUGCAUUUCAUAAUAUAGGUAUGUAUUUAGUGCAGAUGCCUGACAGUGCACAUCCUUCCCCAAACCUUUCUCUUAGUAGCAAAACCAAAUGUAAAUGUAUUUUGGUCUCCUGUUUGUUCAGUUAUCUAUGGAAACCACCCAGGGACUUCCCACUUCACCGCCCACUUCCAUGAGUAAGCUUAUUUUUUUUUUAACAAAAAUCUCUUUGAAAAUAUCAGUAGUAAUUAUACAGUAGUCUUGUAAAUAGUCUAGAGAAACAUAGUCAGUUUGAAAACAAAGUUUUGUCUUUAACUGCUCAUAGUCCCACAUGAUGAAACCUCACUGUACUUCUUGAACAUAUGUACGAGAGAUAGCUCUAAAUAGGACAACAUGAAUUCUGUCAAUAUAGCUAAUUAGUUGUAGAUUUGGCUAAUGUUGGAUACAUCAAAAUGGUCUAAAAUUAGUCUACAGUCUUGUUAGACCAGUAGGACAGACUCUAUUUGAUUUUUUUUUUCCUUCCUCAGGAAACUAGCAGUAAAAUUGGUGUAUGGAGAGCUUCAGUCCAAAUACAUUGAAGAAAAUGUAAUCCCACCUCUUGAGUGUUUACUUCUUUAUUCAGGGCUAUGUGGAAGCUGUGUCUUCCCACCUACUCUGUACAUAACUUUUGUGGUUUAGAAAAAAAAAAAUCAGCAUUUAUGUCUUGUUUAGUUUAUGAUGGUAUUUCCUAAUAAAAGUAUUGAAGUAUUGGAGUGUUUUAAGAGUUCAGUGAUAAAUAUCACUGAUUCAAAUCUACAGUGAUAAAACCAAAUUUGCAGUCUGUCCAAAAGUUCUUAGCAGCUGAUAGCUAAGUGAAGUCACUCCUUAAUGCUAUAAUAAGACAAAAUAUUUGAAUGAAACAGAUCUCUAGGAUGUGCAACAAAAUUUAAGUUUGACCAUCUGAACACCAACAGCAAAUAAAAACAGAAUUGUCUUUAAUUAUAGGCUAUUUUUGUAGUGCAUAUAUAAAACUCAGUUCUCCUUAACAUAGUGAGUGAGUCUUAUGGCUCAGAUAUUUUAUUUCAGAUAUGAUAGCAAUGGCAUUAUUUAAGCUUCUAACUUUCUGUUCUUUUGUGGUACUUUGGAAGUUUAAUAUAACAGCUAUAAACAUUUUCUGACAAGGUGGGUAGCAUUUCUGCUUUCUUCAUUUUAUCUUUACAAACUUUUACUUCUCUUCUGUAAUAGCCUAAUUCCUACCAAAUCUCAGUUUCUUCUCUUUAGAAGCUUUUUUUUGGUGAUCUUCCUAAUAUUUUUUGUUGUAUAAAGUAAUACUUUUCUUAUUAAACAAAACUGUGAAACACAGAAUAAUCAUGUUCCUUUAAAAUAUGUGCUUAUUUAGAGGCUGUGCUUUCUCUUGGCUGCCUGAUACCUGUUUGUCUCUGCUUCUAUAACUGAUUGUUCUUGUGCUUGCUAGUAUCUGCAGGUCUUUGCCAUGUGGAGUAGUCGGAUGACUGAGUAAACAAAAGCAAAAUAAAUGUAAUUUCCAAGGACUAAUUCUAACACAAUGGUAAUGUGUUCAACAAUCAGUGUCACAAUGACCUUCCUUCAUGUGCUGGCCAAUGUAAUAUUCUGAAAUUAAAGCAGACCAAGUAAUAGAAAGUCCACAUUUGUAAUAUUAGUAAUGUGUUUUUGUUAUUGGGCUGAACUAUCGGUCCGGCAUAGGCUUUGACAUAGAUGCUGUAAAACAGUAUGUCGUAAUAUAACAUAGAUUAAUAUCAGCCAAUGUUUACUAGGUAAUAUAUCCUCACAUUUUAAAAAAGAGGGAAUUUUUCAGUGCUUCUUGAACACGGCUCCUGUGUGAGUCAUUUUUUAUUUGUAUUAUCAAAUAUGGCUUUUAAAUUUACACAAUAGACACUAGAACAUAACUACUGAUAUUGCUUUGAGUUUGGUUCUUUU